GAAUCUAUGGACAGAUGGCUGAUUGACUGGCUGACUGCUACGCCAAGUUAUUUGAUUAGAUAUUUUUUUUCGGGUUUUACACUUUCGAUUAAUUUCGUAAUGACUCUAGCGAUAUCGUAGCACCAUGUCAAUUCGUCCUCAGCUUAGUCGUGCGUGCAUGUCCACUUGGUAUAUGCAGUGUUAUCUCGCGUCGUAGCGGAGUGUAGCAGACGCCUUUUACCUUCGCGAUCAGUCGAUAUUAUGAGGUCCGAACAAGAGAACGAAUUAAGGAUUUUGCCAUUAUGAUGCCCAUGGUGUAUACAGUGUAUGGUUUUGCCAUAUUUUUUAUGAUUGCAUGGAUCGUCUUGUGGGUAAUUCAUAUAAUGGCACUUUCGUAUUCGAAAUGGAAACUGCACAGAACAGUGGACCGGUCACCACCAGAGCAGCCGUAUCCAGGUGUUUCGAUUUUAAAGCCGCUAACCGGCGUCGACCCAAACUUACUGUCAAACUUGGAGACGUUCUUCACCCUCGAUUAUCCAACGUACGAGAUACUGUUUUGCGUGGAGAGUGAAAAGGACCCUGCCGUAAUGUUGGUGAAGUACAGUCUACUACCAAAAUAUCCAAACGUAGACGCGCGGCUUUUCGUCGGUGGAAUGCGGGUCGGAGUAAAUCCGAAGAUAAAUAACAUGCAUCCAGCGUAUUUAGCGGCAAAAUACCCGCUGAUCCUAGUGAGUGAUGCCGGCAUUCGAAUGAGGGAAGACUCUCUACUCGACAUGGUGCAACAUAUGCGUGAGGACGUCGCGAUAGUGCAUCAGAUGCCGUUCGUGAGUGACGCUGAAGGUUUUGCAGCUGUCUACGAGAAGGUGUACUUCGGAACGGCACAAGCGCGAAUGUACAUGGGUGCAGACUUCCUAGGCAUAAACUGUCACGUCGGGAUGUCGUCACUGGUGCGCCGCUGUGCAUUGGAGGAAGCAGGUGGCUUGGCGGCAUUCGCAGAUUACCUAGCUGAGGACUUCUUUAUGGCUAAGGAAGUGUUAGCGCGUGGUUGGAAAAUGCGCGUAGCGUCGCUUCCCGCGCUGCAAAACUGCGGUUCACGGUCAGUUGGAGCUCUCCAAGCUCGGUUAAAACGCUGGGCGCGACUUCGAAUCGCUAUGGUGCCGACGACGGCUCUCUUAGAGCCACUGAGCGAGUGCCUCCCUCUCGGAGCAGGCGCCGCCUGGGCUGCAGGACAAUUGUUUGGUGCUGAACCCCUGCCCUUCUUCUUGGUGCAUGUGUUAGUGUGGUUUCUGUCUGACUGGUUAAUGCUGCGGUCUGUGCAAAACGGGUCACCCCCAUUCACAAAAGUGCAAUUCCUUGUUGGCUGGGCAUGGAGUGAAUGCUGUGCUCCGUUCGUUCUAGCUACUGCCCUCCUCAACCCGGAGAUAUCUUGGCGGACUCGUUGCUACAGACUCGACUGGGGUGGCCGUGCUCACGAACUUAAGCCUCCAAUACUCAAUACUCAAAAGCUUUAAUUUGUGAGUUGUUUGUAUGUAUAUGCAUAUUAUGCUUGUGUGAUGCUGCCGAAUGGUGUGUUUUAUUGUAAGUAUUUUAUUUUAAUGCCUAUUUAUAAUUUUGCAAUGAAGAAAACUUGACACUUUUGUUUUAGAAAGAUGUACAUUGAUUGUUAAUUAUACUUUUGUAUUUCAUUUUGUGGUAAUGUUCAUUACCAUUGGUUGUUUGCCAUAUAAAAGAAGUACAAUAAUCUUUCCCUAGAUACUGAUAACUCUAGAGAAAGUACUAAAGGUUGUUCAUUGAAUCAUAUUUUAUUUGUUUCUUUCAAUGAAUAAUUUCAACAUUGAAAUGGGGGGAAACAGUUGAAUAAAUUAUUAUAUUAAUGAAUGAAUGUGUAAACUUAAGCUAUAUGUACAGCUGAGAACAUAAGAAAAAUAAGAAACAAAUUGAAACCAAUGUAUAGAUGAUAGAUUGGUCAGUGAGUUGACAUCAUUAUUUAUCAAAAUUACUGAUUGGAUCAAACUAAGUUUGUUAUUAAUAUGGUUGUGUAUAGUAUUUUCCUGAUUGUUUAUUCUAAUUCUGGACGAUAGUACCAGGGUACUUUAAAAAAAAGUUGAAUUUUAAUUUUAAUUAGGCAAAGUGAACAGGCAUAAAGAGAUUUUUGAAUUCCAUGUUAUUUAAAGUGAAGUGACUGUAUUAAUACUUCUAAAAGACAUUUUGAAGUGUAAAUUUACUUUUGCUAAGCAACUCUUGCUGUCUAAAUCACUUUUGAAUAUAGUACCUACUUCUUUACACCAUAUGAGCAAAACAUAUAUGAUAAAUUCUUUUACAUUUGUAUUCUGCUUAAGUUAUAAACAAAAUAAAAUUUAAAUUUCCCUCAAAAUCGACAGUUAGAAAGAUGCUCCCAUAAAACAUGUUUAUAAUUAUGUACAAAAUUUCAUUGGAAUGGAGAUCAAGGCUGGUGAAGCACAUUCUGCAAAAUGGUUUCUUGGUACCGUAAAUACUUAUAAACUUUUACAACAUGUAUGGUAUGGAGUCUAGGCUUCUUCUUAUCUAUUAAUUUACAUUUCUCUGUGAUACCUAAUUUAGCCUCUUGAGCAUUCAAUACUUUAUCAUUUUCCAUUUUGGAUAAGGAAAAUGAUAAAUUAGCACUUAAAAAUUAAUUUAGAUGGUAAGCAAUAUAAUUGGAGUAUACGUAAGUUUCUAGAAAACAAAUUCAUACUUAUUUAUAUCCAUAUCCGGAAAAGAUAAUUUCUAAUGUUAUUCCACUUUGAACGUUUCAAAAUUGGUUUUAUACACUGAUAACUCUAUAAAUAUAAAUAAUACACAGGGUGAAUAUUUCUUGAAAAUAUUGUAAUAAAAUAUUUCAUCUAAUGGGUGAGUUUGGACAGGUACAGUUGUAGCGAUAAGAAUGUAGUAAUAUUAAACGGGUCUGAUAUGGGGCCAAAUGGUGUGACAAUUUGCUUUGUGAUAAGAAUUAUUUGCAGACCAAAUUUGGAUUACACUUUGCUUUUGAUACUAAAGUUUAAUAAUGAGACUAAGACUGGUUUACGUGUAAUGUAAGUCCAAACUUAUCCAUUACAAUUGGAAGAGGGUUAUAUCAUCCAACUUACAUAAUGUAUGAAAUAAAUUGGAUGAUGAUAACAUUCUUUGCUUACUCUUUCUGCAUGCUAUCUGUUGUUGGUUGAAGAUUGUGAGAGUUAGGUAGCCUUAAUAUGCUAUUGAAACUACACUUCGCAUUUUGUCUAUCUAACAGUAAUAAUACCAGUGAGUGAGAGAUUAUUUUACAAUUAUUUUACAGCUAAUACUCAAAGUUGUGAGUUUAUAUUUUUGAACAAAACAUUUUAUUUAUAACCAAUGCAGUAGGUUACAUGUUAAUCCAUAAAGGAAGGAUAAUCAUAAUUUAUAUGGAGCUAAUAAACAUUAAGAACAGCCAUUAUCAUAAAAUAAUUACCUAAAACCAACUUCCUAUUAUGAUAGCUUUCAAUUUGAUAUUUAAAAAUAAUUUACAACUAAGCAUUAUUUAUUUAAACCUAUUUUGGGAUUUAUUUAAGUGCAGUUCUAUAUUUUUCAAAUAUCAAUUGGACAUAUAUCACACUCAAUAGGAGUUGAAGUUACAAAAAUAUGGGGCUGGUUACAUUUUGUUACUUGGUAGGGGAUUCGAGACAUAUUUCAAUUUCAGCUAUGUAUGCUACAAUUUGCCUAAACAUGUCAUAUAGAAUAAUUUGAAUAUAAAUAUAUACUUAAUUAAAGUGAUUAAAAGAUGCAUGUGCAUAAAAGAACAAUGUCCUCCUAAUGUUAGUACAAGCAACAAUUGUUAUGUUUUUAUUUGAUCCAUAAUAAACACAAGUCAUAAAUAAAAGAAUAAUUAAUUCA